UUCUUGAAGGUUCUCAUCAUCACAUCACAGCUGGAAGUACGGAUCACUUUCUUUCCCGAUUAGGUCAUUUGACCGCAGCAGACGACUUUGCGAGUUGCGAUUCGAUUCGAUUCAACUCAACGACGAUCUGCAACCUUCUGCAACGAUCUCCGUCAAGAUCUGCUUGUAGAACAGGGCAAACAGUAUGGCAGAUAGCAGCAGGGAUGUUGAUGACCAGGUGGAUUUUGAAGAUGAUAACUAUGAGGAGAUGGAUGAUGAUGUUGAAGACCAGUUAGAUGAAAGACCUGAUGAUGAUGACAGUGAUGAUGAUGAUGAUGUUGAUGAAAAAGGUGGAGGACAUGAGGAUGAUUCUGAAGAAGAUAGAAAUCAGAAAAAGAAAUCAUCAGGUUCAGGUGGAGGAGGAGUAGAUAAAGAAAAGCAUGAUGAGCUGCUUGCUAUUCCACCACAUGGGUCUGAGAUUUUCAUUGGUGGCCUUCCUAAAGAUGUGGUUGAAGAAGAUUUGACUGAACUUUGUGAGCCUUUUGGGGAUCUUGUUGAGGUAAGGUUGGUGAGGAAUAGAGACACCAAUGAAAGUAAGGGUUUUGCAUUUGUGGGAUUCAGAACUAAAGAUGUUGCUCAAAAGGCCAUUGAAGAGCUGCAUAACAAAGAUUUUAAGGGUAAGACAAUAAGGUGUUCGCUCUCUGAAUCUAAAUACAGACUAUUUAUCGGCAAUGUGCCAAAGACUUGGACCGAUGAUGAGUUCAGAAAAGUAAUUGAGGAAACAGGCCCGGGUUCAGAAGUCAUUGAACUCAUAAAGGAUCCUCAAAACCCAUCACGUAAUCGUGGGUUUGCUUUUGUUGAGUAUUACAACAAUGCUUGUGCGGAUUAUUCAAGACAGAAACUAGCUAGCGCGAGUUUUAAACUCGAUGGAAACACCCCAACGGUUACUUGGGCUGAUCCUAAAAUCACCCCUGAUCAUUCUGCUGCCGCCCAGGUAAAAGCACUGUAUGUGAAGAACAUACCCGAGAACACUCCAAUAGAUCAGUUAAAGGAACUAUUUCAACGCCACGGGGAAGUCACCAGAGUCGUAAUGCCGCCCGCAAAAGUCGGCUGCAAAAGAGACUUUGGCUUUGUCCAUUUUGCAGAAAGAUCAAGCGCUUUGAAAGCUGUUAAAGACGGUGAAAAAUAUGAAGUAGACGGUCAGGUUUUGGAAGUGGUACUUGCAAAGCCACAGAACGACAGAAAAUCUGAUGCGAACAAUAGCGCGCAUCAUUCUGGGCCCCACCCAAAUUACAUUCCUCAUACUGCGUAUGGUGGAUUUUCUGCCGCUAGUCCAUAUGUUGCCCCUAGAUACGGGGUCAACCCUUCGUUUCAGCAGCCAAUGAUAUAUGGAAGAGGACCGGUACCAGGUGGUAUGCAGAUGGUUCCGAUGGUUUUGCCUGAUGGUCAAAUCGGAUAUGUUCUGCAACAGCCAGGAGCCCAGCUGCCAGCGGCAAGGCCGUCACGGAGGAACGAGCGUGGCAGCAGCAACGGUGGCUCAGGGGGAGGACGAGGGCGAGGAGGAGGUGGUGGUGACGAUACCAAUCGUGGAAGGUAUCGGCCCUACUAAGGGAUAGGUGGUGGGUUGGUGUGAACCCGUGGUUCAUGGAUUUAGCUAGAACCUAGACGGGUUAGCCACAAUGGACGAGCCUAUGUUCCCCUCUUUCUUGUUAAAUGAAAAUUGAAAAAACAAAAAAAAGAAAGAGAAUGACAUCUUUAGUUUAGAGUUCUUAUUUUUGCUUAUCGUGUUUAUGUAGUUGAUUAUAGCGGAGAACUUGUUUUUGUGUUGCUAAUCAUAUUUAAGCCAGGGUUGCAAACG